CGCAGUUUUAUAAUAUUAUCAGUUUUGGAAGAUCAUUGAAUGAAGAAGCAUCUCGUUUGUGGACAAUGAAUUCAUUUGUUUGGAUUUUACUUCUAGUGAGUGUUGCUACUGCUAGUGCUAGUAACAGUGAUAGCGAAGUUUCGCACUCUCAUACAGAACAUUGCAAAGUGGGCGACACCAAACUCAAAGACUGUAACUUCUGUAAAUGCACAAACGGCAUAUUCGAGUGCACGACUAAGAAAUGUCCAGAUCGCGAAAAAAGAGAUGAUUUUUCUUGUACUCCUGGCCAGACGUUCAAGAAGGAUUGUAACACGUGUACGUGCACACCGGAUGGAAAAAAUGCUGUUUGUACGCUGAAAAAGUGUACAGAAGCUGUCGCAAAUGCAACAAUGCAAAAGCUACACGAAAUUAAAAUGAAGACUAUCAUCUUGUGCUGUCUUGUUCUCAGUGUACUGAUUGCCAAUGUUGUCUCCGAAGAAGCCGAGUGCAAAGACGGUGACACAAAGAAAGUCGAAUGCAACUCCUGUCAUUGUACCAACGGUCAUUGGGCAUGCACAAGGAGAGCCUGCGUAGAACGCAAAACAAGAAAUUCGUUUUCUUGCACUCCUGGUGAGACUUUCCAAAGAGAUUGUAAUACAUGCACUUGCACUCUAGAUGGGAAAAACGCUGUUUGUACUUUGAAAAGUUGUGUGGGGCCAAAAGCUUGAAAUACUGUUUGUCAACCUGGAACUACAUUUAAAAAAGAUUGUAACACUUGCGUUUGUAACAAGGACGGAACCAAUGCUGCUUGUACCCUAAAAGCUUGCCUCUAAUUGUUUAUGUUUGUUAAUUAACGAAAAAUUACAAUUGUAAUUUUUUUGUAUGAUAUAUCUAUUUUGGUAAUAAAUUUUCAACUAUA